AAAGCUCGUUUAAUAAGUUUGUCCUUUCUGAGACACUGUAGCAGAAAAUACAUUAUCGGUUGAGGGAGAAAGACAAACACGCACAAACGGAAGUUGAAUGCAACAUAUACUGUAGCUGUAUUUAGUGUUUAGCAAGGGUUUACAGUAGUGCUGUUGUUGUAAUGGAUUCCAGUUUAUCCCAGCUAACUGUGGACUGUCUAAUUUGCAUUUUUUCCUAUCUGGAUGAAGAUGACCUGCUCAGAGCUUCAGUAGUCAGUAAGUUUUGGAAUGAAGCUGCAGAUACACCCUGGCUAUGGAGGCAGAUGUGCCUUCGUCGCUGGAGUUUCUGCAAUCUCUCUCGGCUCCCUGCUGGAAUGCAGACGUGGAAGAAUUAUUACCUGCGCCGCUCAAAGCUAGAGGAAAAGAUGGAAAUGGGACGAGCAUCAGCAGAUUAUACCUGCAAAACCUUACGAGGACACACUGGUGCUAUAGUUGAUAUGGCCUACCUCGUAGGAAACAGCAGUCUUUCCGAGUCGUGGAAUUCCAUGUCCAUUGUCUGCAGUGCAUCCACCGAUGGAACAGUCCGCGCUUGGAAUGUUCAAGAGGGCAGUCAGUUGUGGUCGACACCUGUGCAGGAACCCCUGAGAAAGAUCAUCGUUGACCAGCCGAAUGGCGUAGUGAUCAGCGCCGACCGCCGUGGAACAAUUAAAGCUUGGAAAGGCCUCACCGGAGAGGAACUAGCAGCAUUCCCGGCCUCUUCCACUGCGUGCAGAUUAAUCAACUACAGCAUCAAAGAUCAGCCCUUCUUGACUGCUGGUACAGCUGGAGGUUCUCUUUACACCCUAGCAAGUCCUACACUGUCACAGGUAUCACAUGUAGUUGCAUUUGAUACUUACAAAAUCGAUGUGUUGCUCGCAUCGCCAGACAAGCAGUGGAUUGUUGCUGCAACGCAGGACAACUAUGAUCUGAGUCCCAAGGUUUUUUCCUGUGAAAGUCUGAGUUGUGCAUCUGGAGAUGAGACUCCUGUAUCUGAGGUGUUACCUGUCAGUGGAUGCUUAGCAGCUUGCUUUUUUCCCUCAGAAGCAGCCAGAGUGCUCAUACUCCACAGUGACGGACUGCGGGCCACAACAGCGGUCUCGAUCUUUGAUAUCACGUCAAAAAAAACAAAAUACAAAACAGUGGUCAUAGCUGAGCUGGUGGGAACAUUCCAGUUAGAUGUGGGCAGAUGGCACUCGGAUAUACUUCUCGAAGGACGUGGGAGUGGCACAAUUCUGACAGCCACGCAGAACCAGCUGAAGGUUUACAACCUCCAAGGAGCCAUGCUCGCGAGUUUUGAGGACCACAUGAAACCCAUCUCCGCGAUUUGUGCAGAUUCUUUUCGUGUUGUCACUGCCUCUCAUGACCUGUCCCUGCGAGUGUUAACUUGGAAAAAAGAAAAGGACAAAAACCUCUCCUUGGAAAGUCGGUACCACUUGUUAGGAGGAUCACAUAUGUAUUCCAGGGGCUUUACAAAUGUGGCUUGUGAUUAUGCAAGCAUCGUGGCUUCAGUGGCAGCUGUGAAUGGAAAAGAUGUUUUGAAAGCAUACUCAUUCAAUGCUUAAAGUAAGCCACUUGCGUCUAUGAGGACUGUGGAGGUUUAUUUGCUGCUUGAACUCUGGUAUAUAUUUUAACUACAAUGGGAAUGCUGUUACCCAAGUAAGUACAUAGUCAUAAUGCAUCCUUAAAGCCUCAGUAUUUCAGUUUAGGAUCAAUAUAACAGUAAUAUCAAGUCCACAAGGUCUUGUGUGCAUAAUCAAAUGCCUACGGUAAAUGUUUACACCUAAUUAUUGUAACCAAUGAUCGUUAAUGACUUAUCUAGGAAACAUCUCAGACUACGGCGCACUAAGGACAUGUAGUGGGAGGUGAGGUGGAGGAAGAUAAAAUGAAUAAGAAAUCACAAAUCAGCACAUGCCAAAGAUAAAAUGAAUUAAAAAAAUCGCAAAACUGUAAGCAUGCUUAAGAAUGUCAUACAAAAUUAAAAUGGAUGGGUUAUUAUCAGAAACUGCACUUUGGAUUCUCCUUUUUUUGUUUAAAAACAAUUGUCAAGUGUAUCACUGGACUGGAUACAUUUUCUGAAAUGGAGGAACCUUUUUGAUAUUUUUUUUGACUGCUAGGUUGUGAUCUGGUUUCAGAAAUGGCUAUGGCUCUGAUGCCAGUUAAGGGAAAGUGGGGGCUACAUGUAGGUGUCAUUUGAGGUCUUCCUUUCACAUCCCUGUAGUCCAAAAAAUAUAGUUCACUAGGAAUUACACACCCCGAGAAUGAAGCAUAUUGAAAGGUUUAUCGAGUGUUUUAGUCACAGUACAUUUGGCUAAGCCCGCCUGGCUGAGGGCUGAGCUCCUGGCCAGAGGACGAGGUGGCCAGGACCCCCAUUCAGAGUGAGGAGUGACCAAGGGCAGCUGCAGAGGUGGAGAUGGGGUGGAGGAAGGAUGUAAAAGAUGAAUGCGAGGGAGAGAAGGGGAACACAGUACAGUAUUUAUAAUAAUACUGUACUGUAAUUUAUGUGUACGUGAGGAAAGGGUGUCAGAACUGAUUUCACAGCUGAGGCUGAUUGAACUUUGUUGUUGUCCCGCCUCCAGAAAUGGCUUUAUAACCAACACAUAAACAUUAGAUGGAUGCAGCUCUCACUGCCAACAGUGGGGCAAGCCAAAAAACAGCAGGCCAGCUGCAGACACACCCAGCCUGGGCUGUACUGGACAGUUCUGGUAUGGACAAUGACAGGCACAGUCAGCCAAGAACAGCCUGCAGUCCCACCAGUGCUAUCUCAACUGCAGAGCUCAGGCUUUGUUUGAACAGAGACCUAUACCCCAUGUGUUUUGAAAUAUUAUGGCUUAACCAAGUUCCUUAAACAUUAAAUUAGGACAGUAUAAAUCUUUGAUUCUCCCUUCUAAAACCGGUCCUUUUUCAUAGAGUACUGUAUUAAUAUUAUGCACUACCUUGUUAAAAAGACCCAGUUAGCUACUAUUCAAUAAAGAAUACUCAAGUCAAGUUAAUUGUGUGAAAUGCAUUUAUUAUUCGUUAUUAAUAUACAAAAUAGGGAGCUAUUUGUUACCCAUUUACACUUGUCCUAUUUUUAAAAAUCACACUUCUUAUUUUAAUAAUCCAGCCUCGAGGCUGAAACGUGAAACGAGGUCUUUCCAUGACCUUCUGUGGUUUAAUUGUUUAACAAAAUGAAACAUACAUCUGUGAGGUUGUUAGGAUUCUGGCUCCGCAGAAGAGACAGUGACUCUGACAUAGCUUAAUCUGUCUUUCUGUGACACAGUAACUCCUGCACAGAAUAUGCCUUUGGAGAAGAGAAGAGAAGGUAUAAAAGACAAUGCGACAAUAGUUAAUAGACAUUCAUCUGACCCCAGGCCUUCACUGCCAUUGUGUGGGAUUUAAAAUAAAAAAUGCAUUUAUGAGGAAAACAUUUGGAGGUGAUUUCUGAUGUGCUAUUUCUUUUUUGCAUUGAUACUGAAAUGUCAUUUUUUCAUCCUUUGUUUUGGAAUGACUGUAUCCAAAUAGCAUAAAAAAUGUAUUUUGUGUUUUGUUUUCUAUGUUAUUCAUUAAAAAAAUUAGCUUACA